CCGGCCUCUUUUCGUCGGAGGAAUUCGAAACCCUCGUCAUCUUCGAUUGUAAGCGGAGCAAGAGAUGGUCCUCCGCUACAAUUUCAACCCAUUCGAUGAGGAGAAUGUCAAUCCCUUCGCUGCUGCUGUUUCCAAUGGGAGUUCGAAAGGGCUUGGUUUUGGUGACCAACAUGAUGCCACAGUCGACAUUCCGCUGGAUUCUACCAAUGAUGCGAAGAAGAAGGAGAAAGAACUUGUAUCUUGGGAGGCAGAUUUGAAGAGGAGAGAACAGGAUAUUAAACGGCGGGAAGAUGCUUUGACUAGAGCUGGAGUUCCUUCUGAAGACAAAAAUUGGCCUCCAUUCUUCCCGAUCAUUCAUCAUGAUAUAGCUAAGGAGAUACCAGUUCCUGUCCAAAGGUUGCAAUACAUGGCAUUCGCAAGUUGGCUCGGACUAGUUCUCUGUCUUUCCUUCAAUGUGAUUGCGGUAACUGUUUGCUGGAUUGAAGGAGGAGGUGUCAAGAUAUUUUUACUUGCGGUCAUCUAUGCUAUACUCGGAUGUCCUCUAUCAUAUGUUUUGUGGUACCGGCCUUUGUACCGUGCUAUGAGGACUGAUAGUGCAUUGAAGUUUGGGUGGUUUUUCCUACAGUACAUGAUCCACAUUGGUUUUUGUGUUCUUGCUGCAAUUGCUCCUCCAAUUGUAUUUCAGGGGAAUUCAUUGACGUAA